AUGGGAAAACAGAAGAGCAAAGGAGGACUGGGAUUUAGGGACUUUGAGCAAUUCAAUUUGGCCUUGCUAGCAAAGCAAGGAUGGAGGCUCAUGCAAGAUCAAACUCCCUUGCUGCACAGGUCCUUAAAGCAAAAUAUUAUCCUACCUCGAGUUUCCUCUCAGUCAGAAAGAGAGUCUCGGAUUCCUAUGUAUGGAAAAGCUUCCUUGCAGCCAGAUAUGUUCUUGAAGAAGGCCUGUUAUGGAGAGGUUCCUAAUGGUACCAAAUCCUUUCUAUGGAGAGUAGCUGAGGAAUCACUUCCUACUAAUCUCAACUUGCUAAAGAAGAAGGUAGUGACAUCUCCCUUAUGCCUCAUCUGCCUCACUGAGGAGGAGAUAGUUUUCCAUGCUCUUUGGUCAUGCAAGUCAGCUCAAGACGUGUGGUAUUUAGGCUCGAGACAAUUACAGAAGAUGAGUAGCUUUGCUGAGUCCUUCAGAGAGCUUCUGGAAUCUAUGCUUGAAAAGUUUCCCUCAGAAAUAUUGUGUGAGAUGGCAGUGACAGCCAAACUCCUGUGGCAUCAAAGAAACAACUUAGUGUUCGAGGAUUCAUUCUCUUCACCUGCUAUUCUCUCUAAAAAGAUCCUAGCAGAACUGUCUCUUAUUAGAUCAGAAGCUGAGCAAAGAGCUGUUAAGCAACCAGAGCAAGUCCUGAGUCCACAAACGUGGACACCUCCCCCUUUAGGAGUGCUCAAAGCAAACUGGGAUGCUGCUGUUGAUAAGAUCAACUCAAGGAUGGGGCUUGGGGUAGUCAUCAGAGACUCCAAGGGCCUUUCGAUAGCUACUUUAUGGGCAUGCAAGGCCAUGCACCCGGAUCCCAUACUCGGGGAGGUAGCGGCGACUCUUCGAGCUAUAUCUCUCUAUGCUGAUCUGGGUCUCACUCACAUUGUGUUGGAAGGUGAUUCGCUGGGAGUAGUAAAGGUAGUGUAG